CACUCUGGUAGUCCCUCUCAAAGUCUCACAGCGAUCUGUUGAAGCCGUUCGGAGCGGUCUCAGAUUGAAUGCAGCCGUAUAAUCACGAAGGGGUGGCUCAACUUUGAGACGUGAAUCGAGAAACCCUGCCGACAUGUCUUCUCCGGCCUCACCGGAGAAGCCCAGACACCGAGUCAGAGCAUUCAAAGCGUGCCAGCGCUGCAAUCAAAGAAAGGUAAAAUGUGAUGCUGCGCAGACCGGAUUACCAUGUACCAGAUGCAAAGUUGACGGCGCCCAAGGUUGCGCGUUCAUCUCUUCACGUCGAGGCACAUACGAUCGCUGGCGUUCGGUAAAGGCGCGGGCCCGAACGCCUCAGUCAAACUCGACGGCAGAGACCCGAGUGGAAAGUACAUCUCCUGACGCAGGCCAAAUUGAAGGCGGCUCGCCCAAUACACAGCUUGCAAGCACUGUACCACCAGCUUCCGCAAGGAGCAAUACUCUGGCUCUCGGCUUCGAGAACUUCUUGAGGCAAGGAGGCAGAGACGCCGAAGGGUUGGUUGGUAAAUACGGACUGGUCUUGCUCGGAGACUCUUCUCCUCUUACUUUCGCGCUGAAGGAGCUACAGUCUGACAAGAGGGACAAACCGAGCGGGAACACCUCCGAAGCAGUCGACACGGAUCUGCAUGUUACAUCCAGCCGGUCGGGUCAUCCAUCGCAUCUGACGGCCGCCGAUUUGAACUAUCUGCACUCCAAAGGAGCCUUGACGGCACCUACGACUGAGUGUCUGGAUGCCUUGAUCCAAGUCUUCAUCGAAAAAUUCUACCCAUUAUGCUCCAUCGUCGACAGAUCCGAAUUCGUGCGGCAGCACCAUUCGCGUAGCCUACCGUGGAUCCUGUUGCAAUCGGCCUGCCUCAUCGGCGCCACCUACAGCGACGCAUCGAUAUUGAAAAAAGCCGGCUUCAAGUCCAGACAAGCGGCGCGCCGCUUCUUCUACGACAAGGCCAAAGUGCUGUACGAUGUUGGCUAUGAAACAAAUAGCGUCGUCCUGCUGCAGUCUAUAGUGAUGCUGACGUACUGGGGUCCCGACUUGAAAGGGUACUGGAACCCCUGCUCCUGGGUCGGAGUGGCCGUGACUAUAGCCGAGUCGCUAGGUAUCCACCGUUCGGCAGGAUACUCUACCCUCCACAAGGACAAAGGCCUGCUUCGAAGAUUGUGGUGGAUGAUCGCUGUAAGAGACGCGUAUUGCGGCACCCUCCUUGGGCGACCUUUCAGGGUGAAUAUGAGUCACUCUGACGGACCCAUGUUGACGUUUGACGACUUUGGUCCUGAAGACCGCCCGACGACGACAACCAACAACCCCGACUCCGAUGACCAAGCUACACUCUACAUGCAUUAUCAGAUCCAACUGGCGAAACUGUCGCUUAUUCUGCGCAGGAUCGUCAACACCCGUUUCAAUGUCGGUCUCGACUCCACGACCCCUCAGGCUCUGCGGGAUCUUUUGGGCCAAUGGCGCCAUGAGUUGCCUGCGGUGAUGACAUGGUCAGACCACGGCAGUUCGAGCUCGAUAUUCUCCGAGUGUCUCAAGAUCUUGUACCACCACCAUCUCAUCCUCAUAUACCUCUCUCGCGGUGACGGAGGGACGGGGCCAGCUUCGGCCGGACUCGCCAACAUGGAAGUCCCCAUGUCCGAAAUCGCCGAGUCGGCCGCUCAGACCAUAGCUUCGACGUCGCUCAGCUUGAUGACGAGGUCGAUGGUUCAUUCUCUACCUCAAGAGGUUUUCCCUGCCUUCUUCGUGGCCGGGAUCGUCUUCUUCCGCCUCAUCCGCAGGUCUCCGUCGUUGAUCGCACAACUGGGUCAGGCCGCCCUCGACAAUUGCCAGAUAGUCCUCAACGAGGUGCGCGAUUGUUGGGAACCCGCGUUCUGGGGCAUGCGCAUCUUCGAGUUUCUCCUCGCCGGGCUCAACAAGAAGAAUCACAACAACGGUCUCGCCGAAAAACAAGACCUGACGGUUGUAUCGUCGAGCGAGACCGUCGGACCAGAUCUACAACGACAGAUGUUGGACGAAACGCCCACCACCCAGGACCAUUUCGCUUUGCAGAACGCGGUCGAAAUGGGCCCGGCAAUCCACAACCUGCGAAAUGCGGCGCAGCAAGACACGCUUCUCACGACGCAAUUGUACGAUCGGUUCCUUGACCCGGACAACUAUUUCAUCAUGCCCACGUCUCUGGCUGACCAGGAUAUCAUCGAUUUCGACAUGCCACAGUGGUGAUGGAGAAAGAGUUAGAGUCGGGCACAAGCCAUGGACAACGUGCGAGUGCUACUAUUGCUGCUACUACGGCUACUAAUCCUGUUAUCACUGUUGUAUGUCCGAGUAUGCGUUCAACGCCAUCUGCCCACCCAAAUGCGCAUAGAGCACCCGACUCCCUUCGGAUAUCUCUCCACGCUUGAUCAGAUCCAUCAUGCCGGCCAAGCUCUUGCCCUCGUAGACAGGGUCAGUGAUGAAGGCCUCGGUGCGCGCUGCGAACCUCAUGGCCUCGAGUGUGGCUUUAUCCGCGAUGCCGUAGCAUCCAGCAUGGUAGCGCGUAUCUAGAAUUACGUCCUCCUCCGAUAAAUCGUCCUCGCUCAGUCCAAUCUUGGCGGCAGUCUGUUUCGCGAUGCGGAGGACCUGGUCAAACGUCUGUUGCGGUGUCGCACUGGCAUCGAUGCCGAUGACCUUGCGCGGGGGAGAUUGUCCGCGUUUCUCGAGAAGUUUGAAUCCAGCAAUCAUUCCGGCGAAUGUCGAGCCUGUCACGGCGCACACGAUGACGGUGUCGAAGAAUGUGCCCAUCUGCGUCUCUUGGGCGCGUACUUCGAACGCCCAACGAGCAAAACCUAGACCGCCUAAUGGAUGGUCCGAAGCGCCGGCCGGGAUGUAGUACGGCUUACCACCUUGGUCAAUUACCUUUUGCGUGAGAGUUUGCAAGGUCUGCUUGUGUUCGAUGCCGAAAGUGGACGGGUCGAGAUUGACAUCCGCGCCCAUGAGUCGGGACAACUGGAUGUUGCCGACCUUGUCGUAUCCUGGAUCGUUGUGGGCAACCCAAUUCUCCUGGACCAGGGCAGCCUUAAGCCCAAGGUGUGCGGCCACGGCAGCGACUUGUCUGGUGUGGUUGGAUUGUACGCCACCUAUCGAGACAAGGGUGUCACGUCCCUGGUUCAGUGCUUCGGCCGCCAGGUAUUCGAGCUUGCGAGUUUUGUUCCCGCCAAAGGCGAGCGCGGAGUUGAGAUCCUCGCGUUUCGCAUAGAUAGUGACUUUGUUGCCGAGACCAAGAGAGAGGCGCUCGAGUGUAUGAAUAGGUGAUGGUCCCAGGAGCAAAGGCUGGCGGGGGAUCUCCGAGAACGGCGACGGAAGUUCCACGUCAACAACAAGGCCAGCCAUUUUAUCGUAUAUCCUCCUGGUAACUGUUCAAGUUUUAAGGGGAGCAAUGAAUAUUAUAUUCCAGAUGAUCUUUUUCUGCUGAAGGGUGAGGGUGCAGUGAUGAAGAGACAGGUUAUCAACAACAUUUUAUACCGAAGAAAGAAGAGGGUCACCACCUCUUCGAGCCAAUAGCCGUGCGAAUUUACCGUCGGGAAUAAGGAUAGGGUCGAUAACAUCUGAGUGAUCCUCAGCAAACUCGGAGUGAAGAGCUACUCCGGCAGAAAGACUCCCAAACGAAGUAUUAUCAUAUUGAUGGCAAGUCUGGGAGCGAAAAUGGUCGAUGCUCUACCUCUGUCAGGUCCUUGUGAAGGUUGUCUCGAUGAUUUGAUCUUUUUUGGGUCCGCGGACUUCAUGCAUCAUGCUCCAAGACAAAAGACCGGCGGAGGUAUGGUCCUUCGAUGACAGAUUGAAGCUGUAGGAGCUGCUGUAGUAGUCGUCGACACAGAGAUGACCACCCGAUCCUUGUAGGACAAUGGGGGUUUCUGGGUUGUCGCUGCUGCUGCUGCCGCCGUCGUCCUCCCGUACAACAUCGACAGAGUGGAAGAGAUAGUCGAUGAGACUGGUGCCUGGUUUGGUGAACCAGAUACUCAUCGACACCUUGUCGUCGGAUUCUUGUAGACGCCAAAUAUACUUGCGCGAGAAUGGGAAUUUUGGCACGUUUGUUGUGGUUUGACCUACGCUUGGAAGGCCCAUCUCGAACUCGCCUUCUUCAUGGUACAGGAGCUCAGCAUCGGCAAUUUGCAGCUUGCCGUCUGCAUCGAGGACUGGGGAUGGCUGUUUGUGUGUGAAGGUGGCAUUCCCUUCGCACCGACCCGACGGCUCUGAUGGAUGUCCACCUUGUAACUUGCGACUGAGAUGCCAGGUACCGCGGAGAUCACGGAAAAGACGCCGUAUCAGCG